AUGAGUCCUAUCGCACCCACAACCGAGCGCACAAUGUACAGCGUACCGAUCUAUGACACCGGCGUGGCCGCGGCGACGCAGCAUCGUUGCCAUGGAGGUCCCAUGUCUGCAGCCGUUUCUGCUGCAAUCACAUCCGAGCGAGUCCCACGACGAACCAAUGCCGCCGCGACCGAAGCCGACGAAGUGCUCAACAACUUGCGUCAAUGGUUCGACAACGUCUGGCCGUUUGUGGCGCUCUGUGUGCUCGCAAUGUCUACCCAAGGCGUCGUAGGCCUCUAUGCCCUCGGAGUAGUCUACAUGGUCGCCCUCGACCACCACUUCCGUGGGUUUGUGGCGGCGGAGACGAGCCCAGUAUCGCUAGUAUGCAUCGCCCUCGUGUGUGCCAAGACGUCGGCUGAUAUGUCAACUUUCAACGGGGACGCGACGCCGCUCCACAUGCUGUUCAAACCCAUCCCGGACCAGACCAGCCAUGCAGACGUCGUCUGGAUGGUUCUGGGCAAAUGUCUUGUACUACGCCUUGUGAGCUUCAGUAUCGAGAUAUUUCUUGGGCUCGUCCUCGUUUGGCGGCCCGCCACUCCCGCCGUCACCGAGGAGUUAGCAAUGCUGGAAAUCAGCCCCAACGACCGAGUCACCGUUGGCGAGAUGUUCAAAGUCAUCAUCUUGUGUACAUGUGUUGAUCAGCGCCACCACAGCCGACCAGAAUGCGACAGACGGCGGGGCCCGCAUGUUGAUGUCGACACCACAUCUAAUGCUGCUGCCAUCCGAAUUAAUCGAUGCGAUGGAACUUCCGCCCCUCCUCCGCACAAUUUCUCCACGACGACACCGCCCCCGUCCACGCAAGUAUAA